UUUCAAUGCGCGCGGUUGUGCGUCGCUCUUCGUUUGCAAAUUCGCGAUUUACGAUUCGAGACUUACGGUUGUUGUUGCCGACUCUCGGGUUUUGCUUUUCCAUUUGAUGAUUGUUGAUUUAAGUCGACGGAAACUUUAAAGCCUAACAAAUAUAAGAUUUAUAAAUAAUUAAACGUAAAGGACAAAGAAAGGAGGAAAAUAAAAGACUUCGCUUGUUCACGUGUUUAUUAUCGCUCACUCUCUCUCGCGCGCUCGUGUGUGUUUGUGUGUGAAAUACCAAUAUUUUUUUAUCUCACUGAUCAAUCGAAUAAAAUAACAAAAAUUCUGAAUAGAAUGGUUGAAGUGCCGUUUUUUUGUUGUAUUACCAAAAUGAUUUAAUUUUUUUUCGAGUGGAUUGUGCUGUUUAUAGUUUUAUUUUUUGGAAAAUACAACAACAACAAAAGAGAGGAGAGGCAAAUAAGAAAAGAGAAAUAAGAUAUAACAAGUUGAAAGAAAUUCAACAAACCGGAUUCCCAACAACAACAGCCAAAGAAGCAGCAUCAAAAGAGAAGAGGAAGAGAUAGAAGAAGAAGCAGCAGGCUUCCAGCAUUUAAUUAGCUGGAGUUGUUGCGCACACGCACUGGAAAGCCAGGAGAGUGGAGGAUCAUUCCAGGCAGCUGCUUCUCUCGCUCUCUGGAAAAGUGGAAGCAAGGAGAAGAUCGUUAGAAGAAGAAUCGACAAUAUAAUCGACGUCAUAUCAAGCAGCAACAUCAGCAUCAACGGCAACAGACCUCGCUAAUUGCAAUUAAAACGGGAGUUGCAGCCUGGGCCAUAUUUCCAAUGUCCACAAAUUAAAUGAAACAGCAGCCACAUCAGCAGCAGCCACUUCAGACGGUCAGUUGCCCCAGAAAUUCUUCGCCUUCGUGGCACCUGGCGUCCAUCAGCGCCUCUGGCUGAAUAAAAAGGACAAAUACCCGGCCAAAUCUUAGAAAUCACACCAACCAGCUACCAUGGCCCACUCCAAGGUGAUCCUGAAGAUCCUGUUCUCGCUGUGUGUUUGGUCCUUCGUCAUAAUCGGGCUGUUCAAGAUGCACGGCACGAAUCUGGUGGCGCAGGAGUACCAGCAGGUUCCCCUCAACGGACGCAUCCUGCUGCAGAAGGACAUGCGGUACGCCGAAACCACCUCCACGACCACGGAUCACUUCGAUCCCAGCGAGAUUCUGGUGGACAAUCGAACAGCCAUGGACGAUGACCAGCUGGUCCGCGACGUGGAGUCCCGCAUCCCCUCGCUGCCGAUCGCCUACUGGAGCAAGAACAAGAACUUCCUGCAGCAAAAGUCCUCCACCUGCGCCAAGUACCCCUCCAUUUUCGAGCUGGAGUUCAACAACAUCUACUGGCAGACGCUGCGCACCUCGAACGGAACGUUCCAGCUGUUUGGCGCGUACUACGACAUCCGGCGCACUUCCCUCCUUGGGCCCACGGUGCGGAUCCUCGGGAUGAUCGACCGCAUUGAGCCAAAGGUGAAGACCUUCUGCCAGUUCUGGUUCGACGGCCAGAAGGAGCCGUUCAUUGUGAAGACCUUCGAGUACAAGUACAUCUGGUACAACAAGUGGGGCAACUACAAGCAGGGCAUCUACCAGCCGUAUCUAAUCGCCUGCCAGAUCCCCAAGCCCUUCCACGGUGUGGUGCCCAGCUCAGUCUCGAUGGUGGAGAAGGAGUGCGACACGGCCACCAACAAUCUGCGAGUCAUCUACAACCGACCGCCCGACGACCAGAAGAAGGGUUUCGCCGUCUGCGUCAAGGGACUGGACUUCCUCUACGACGACCUGAGUGUGCGCCUGAUCGAGUGGAUCGAGAUGCUCAAUAUACUGGGGGCUGACAAGAUCUACUUCUACAAUCUGCAGGUCCACCCCAACAUCACCAAGGUGCUCAAUCACUACGAGCAGGAGGGCAAGGUGCAGGUGAUCCCGCUGACACUGCCCGGCGGACAGCCGAAUGUGCCCGGAUUCCAGCACCUCUACCUGACCAAGAAGACGAACCACAAGCGGCAGAACGAGGUGAUCCCAUACAACGACUGCCUGUACAAGAACCUCUAUCUCUACGAUUACAUCGCACUGCUGGACAUCGACGAGGUGAUCAUGCCCAAGGGCGGCUCGGUGCUGUGGUCCGAGCUGAUGGACAAGGUGCGUCCGGAGUCGCGCAAGAUCAAGCCGGACGGGUUCCACAGCUACAACUUCCGCAACGUGUACUUCCUGGACGACCAGCAGCACGAGCAUGGCUGGCACAAGGACAUCCCCAAGUACAUGCACAUGCUGCAGCACGUGCACCGGGCCAAGAACUACACCAAGCCGAAUCAGUAUGUGAAGUGCUUCCACGAUCCGGAGCGCGUGCUCACCCUCCACAACCACUUCCCGCUCAGCUGCUUGGGCGGGGUCUGCAAGUCCUAUCCGGUGGACACGCAGGACGCCCAGCUGCAGCACUACCGGGCGGACUGCGUCAAGACGCUGAAGAAGAGCUGCGAGGAGUACCGCGAGCACUCGGUGGAGGACAAGACCAUUUGGAAGUACAAGGACGAGCUGAUCCGACGCACCAUCAAGGCGCUGGACACCCUGGGCUUCUUCCGGCGCCAGGGCCUGAACUCGGCAUCGGCAUCGGGCUCGGGCAGCAGCAGCAGCGGACUGGGCGGCGGAGCCACCACCCACUCCACGGAACGGUGAUUCACACUCCUCGGGGGUGGAUUAGGCGGAGGAGGAGGCGGAUGGUCCUGGCCCUGGCAAUUCGUGGAGGCAUCCGGCAGCAGCCUUGGCAACGAGGAGUUCUUUGUGUGAGGAGGCCAAGGGUGCCGUGAGUUGCUCAAUCCGAAUCCAAAUCCAAAUCCGAAACUAAACCCAAAACCCGGGCUCUUAUCCCUGAGUUUGUGUUGUGCAGAGAUCACUUGACUCUGAGUUUGGAGUUUUUAGGCUCAGAGAGUUCCCAUCCAAAAUCCAUUUGAAAAGAGGCUCUGUUUUCGAUUUGAUUUCGAUGAAAUUAGGUGUUUACUUUUAGAUCGUUCUUUAAAGCCAGUCAUUAGAUGAAUGUUUUCGAACCUAAUUACACAAUUUUUAGCAUACCAUUUUUGUUUACCACUUUUAAAAUGUGAAAUGAUUUAUUUGUUCAGUUUUAGAGAUCCGCCGCCUAAUUUGACCGAAAUCGAAUAUAUCAUCAGGGUUAACUUGAUUAUGGCUAGUGUAUAGAAGAGGCGUUAAUUAGUUGCGGAGUUGGGAGAGAACACUUUAGAAAUUGUGCCUUCGAACCUGGAUUGUAGUGAGUCCCGUCUCCUCCUGCCGUCAAAUCCCUCCCUCUCCCAAUUAUAUAUUUCCAUUCACAAAAAAAAAGACAAAAGGUCACAACUUUUCAAAAAACGAGACCCACAAUAUUUGCCUGAGUACACAACGGAUGAAGAGAGAAGUCGAGGAAGAAAUCAUAGCAAAGUGAAGGAAACCUAAACUAAGUUCAAGACUGAUGAUGUUUAUUAAGAAUUAUAAAAUCAAAAUGAGGGAUUUUCAAGCGUAUUUUUGUUUUCACAUUCGGAUAGAAUCGAUAUUAUUGUUGUUGUAUAGGCAAGUAAAGGCCCCCUAAAAUCGCAAGCGAGAAAUAUCAGUAAUGCUAAGCAAAACAAAACAAAAACUAUAAGAGAAGCAAAUUGAAGAAGUUUGAGUUGUAAACUGUAAAUAGGAAAAUUGUUAACGAGGAAGAGGAGGCCCUAAGAAUAAAGCUAACUAUGCGGACUAGACCGAUUUUAAUCGGAUCAACUAGUAGGAAAUGGAAAGAAAUAGACGAGAAUUAAGAGAAGCUGCUUAGCCACCACCAAUCUUUUUUUGGUUUUUAACCAAACAUUACCCGAUAUCCAUAUGUUUUUUUAUCUUGUACAUACACAUACACCGACACAAAACUCUCACACACAAAUACACCACGCACAUUUCCUUAUGUAUUUUAUUUUAUUAUAAUUUUUUAUAGCAGCUUAGUCAAAUUGUUGUUGGAGUUAAGGAGAGUCGUGUACAGUUUGGGAAACUAUGCACCCACUUAAACUAUUCGAUAGUUGUACGACUAUGCAUAAACACAAUAUACAUAUACACGAUAUACAUAUAUAGAUACCUACUUGAGUGUAUUAAUGUUAGUUUCUAGCUGAUAAGGACAAGCGUGUGAAGGAAACACAAUUUUCUUUCCUCAUUUUUUUUGCGUAGCUAAUAAAACACAAUUGAUAUGAGAACAAAGUGAUUGAUGAAUAAAAUUUCCAACAAAAAAUAGGAA